AGCUUCUGCACUGCACACAAUAUUACUCCAGUGAACAAUCGUGAACACUGUUGGUGCGGGAUACAUGAUGGCGCAAAACUCAAGAUUGUUAGAGACAGAGAGUAAAUACACCGAUCCAGAGGUCGAGUGUAGGAGAGAUACUGCACAGACUUCAUCUUCAUUUCUGAAGAGACCAAGAGAUGUCGAUGAGGAUGAUAAAGAUGAUUCUCCCAAAAAGAAGCUGGUCAAAGAGGAAUCACUUCACAGUCAAAAAGUGGCCACACAUUAUAACAAACUUCAGGAGUGUGGUCUGGCAGAGCGCAAUAAAAGCAGGAUUGUCCACUUGCGCAACUUCAACAACUGGUUGAAGAGUGUGCUCAUUGCUGAGAUCUUGGAUAACGUGAGGAAGAGGACGAGAGAUGUUGCUGUGUUAGAUCUGGGCUGUGGGAAAGGAGGAGAUCUUCUCAAAUGGAAAAAAGGACGGAUCGACAAACUGGUCUGUGCAGAUAUUGCAGCUGUGUCCAUUGAACAGUGUCAGCAGCGUUAUAAUGACAUGAGACGGAGAGGACACCCAAAUGAUCGCACAUACUCAGCCGAGUUUAUAACUGCAGAUUGCAGCAGGGAGUUGCUGUCUGAAAAGUUGCGAGAUCCUGAGUUGCAGUUUGACGUGUGCAGCUGUCAGUUUGUGUAUCAUUAUUCCUUUGAGAGCGAACAGCAGGCUGACACCAUGUUGAGAAACGCCUGUGACAGACUGCGACCUGGAGGAUUCUUUAUUGGGACAACACCAGAUGCAUAUGAGCUGGUGAAGCGCUUGGAGGAGUCGGACUCCAACAGCUUUGGAAAUGAAGUUUACUCUGUAAACUUCCAGAAGAAAGGCGACUAUCCUCUUUUCGGCUGUCAGUAUGAUUUCAGCCUGGAGGGAGUUGUAAAUGUCCCAGAGUUUCUGGUGUAUUUCCCUCUGUUUGAGGAGAUGGCAAAAAAGUACAACAUGCGUCUGGUCUAUAAGAAAACGUUCAAAGAAUUCUUUGAGGAGAAAGUUAAAGAUGAGAAAAACAAAGUUCUCAUGCAGUGGAUGCAGGCACUAGAGCAAUACCCUCCGGAUGAGAGAGGCCGGCUGGCGUCCGAUUUACCGGGAGAGUAUGACCACGCCAAGACGUUAUCUGAAAAUCCUGCUGUUAGGCUUCCGCUGGGAACCUUGAGCAAGUCUGAGUGGGAGGCUACAAGCUUAUACCUGGUGUUUGUGUUUGAGAAAAUGUCAUAAGUCGAAGGAAUCGACCAUGGUGCCGGGUGAUUACCGCGGACGUGCAGUAGACGUCUCCUGUCCGAUCGCUCAGCUUCUAGAAGCCUGCCGAGCACUUCAAUUUCACAAAACAUCAAAUAUUUUAUACAGUCGGAUCUUUCCGAGUGGGAGGCUGAAGAAAGAAAUGGUGGUUUUGAGUAUGUGUUAGGAAAAGACUGGCAUGUGAUAAAUAUUUAGCCGGAUACUGUAUUUAUGUGUUUACUGGUAACCUUUGCUCACCUGGCACCCUUUCUCUUCAAGUCAGUCUAUCUAACAAACAAGCAGGGUUUACAGUCCCUAUGGGUUUUGUUUUGAUCGGCAGACUCCGCUUUCUCCUUAGGCUUGACUUGAACACUUUGAUUAUCUAAAAAAACAGCCACCUCCAGGAAAUCUCUUUUCUUUCUUCAUUUCUUUCAACCAAAGCUCUGUUUGUCAGGCAAACUGUCUUGUCCAGCUGUGAAGUGUUAAUUGGUUUGUUGUUUGAUGUGUGACCAAUGCAUUUUCUGUAGGAUGAUGUGCCGUUGUUAUGCACGAAAGGAGCCUUCACAGCAAUCCAUGUAAAUGCAGGUUUAACUGGGUUCAGUAUUUUUAGUCUUUAAUUUAGUAUCAAUUGUAAUUAAUUAAGAUUGUAAUUCUUACUUUUUCUUUAUCUGAAAAUAUAAAGUUUUGGAUUUCAUUGUUUGGUGUUGUGUCUGUAAAUCUAUUUUAGGUGAUUUAAAUAUUCAAUUACAUUUUGUUUUAGUGACUUAAGGUUUGUGGUUAUUAAUUUCACCAAUGUUGUUGACCCAGAACACUGCACAUUUUCUCUGAAAUCAAAAUUGUAACGCUUGACUAGUGUGCGUCUGAAUCCUACGUUUUCAAUAAAACUACGCAAAAA